CAAGCGGUGGCGGGCUCGCUUACUCACCUGUUACUUACUACUCCGCACACCGGCGAUUGUUUGUUUUUGUAUUUUACUGAGUUAUGUGCGAACAGCGACAAAGAUAACGCAAUUUUUAAUCCAAGUUGAUUUCGUAUUUUGUAACGAACGGUGUCAGUGGGCUCAACUCAACGACAACAGUUUCUUCGGCUGCUGCAGUUGCUGUCGUUUUCCUUCUUCUCUACUACGAACACAUGACAUACAGAUUUUUCCAAAAUGACAAAUGAAAAAUCCAAAUCCAUUUUUAUUUUAGAUAAUUUUAGUUCUACAGCAACUUUAGCUAAUAAUGAAGUAAGUGUACCAGUAGGAAGUCAAGAUACACUAAACGAAAAAGUUUACGAUCCCUAUGAACAUAGGAAUGUCUCGCAUCCGAAUACGUUUUCAGGGGCUUUAAUACAUUUGUUAAAAAGUUCACUGGGAACUGGAAUUUUAGCUAUACCAAGGGCCUUUAUGAGUGCAGGUCUUGCCGUAGGGUUAGUAGGAACAGUACUUAUAGGAAUAUUAUGUACUUAUACCAUUCACAUUUUGGUGGCUGCCUCAUUAAAAAUGUGCAAAAUAACGAAAAAACCGAGCCUCGGAUUCGCGGAAACGGCCGAAGCCGUUGUGAAACAUGGCCCUAAACCAAUAAGAGGAUUUUCUCGAUCUGCAAAAAAUUUUGUCGAGAUCGCCCUUUUGAUGACCUACUAUGUAGGCAAUGCAGUGUAUAUAGUAUUUAUUAGUUCAUCACUUAGACAAUUAAUAAGGAACGUCUUUCCAGACCUGGCCGAUUGGUCUGAAAGAUACUACAUGGUAUGCAUUAUGAUCCCUCUCAUCCUCUUCUGUCAAGUAAGGCAACUAAAGCACCUUGUGCCAUUUUCCUUUAUUGCCAAUAUCACCAUGGUAGCUGCUUUUGGAAUAACCGUUUACUACAUGUUUGAUCGCGUGGAAAACUCCAAGGCUGAAGAUGUUUCCUUGGCCAAGGGUAUCGCUGGAUUGCCAGUGUUCUUUAGCACUGUCAUUUUUGCCAUGGAAGGAAUUGGUACUAUCAUGCCUGUUGAAAACUCAAUGGUCACCCCCAAAUUCAUCGGGUGCCCAGGUGUUCUAAACGUAGCCAUGGGCUUUGUAAUAAUCCUUUACUCAUCCAUUGGUUUCUUUGGUUACAUGGCAUAUGGAGAAAGCACCAAAGCCACAAUCACACUUAAUUUACCAGAAAAAGAAAUUCCAGCCCAAGUAGCACAAGCCUUCAUAUCUAUAGCGGUCUUCUUCACGUUUAUGUUGCAAUUUUACGUCCCAAUGGACAUAACAUGGAGAAAAAUCUCACCACUUAUUCGCGAAGAGCGCCACAAUAUCAGUCAGAUCUUCAUCAGGACAGCCAUCGUAAUUUUCAUUACAUGUAUUGCAAUCGCGGCAGGCGAACAUUUGGGGCCUUUAAUUGAUUUGGUAGGAGCCAUAUUCUUUUCCACUUUGGGUCUUUUGGUCCCUGCUGUUAUUGAUACGUUGGUAAACUGGGACGAUAAGGGCGUUUGCUAUUGGAAGUUGGGAAAGAACAUCUUCAUAGGGUUUUUGGCUAUGUUUGGGUUGGUAACUGGAAGUUAUUAUGCCAUAUUGUCGAUGACACAUGGAGAAAAAAAAUAAUAAGAAAGUUGCAUAGUUUAGAGAGUAUCGAUUUUCUGUGAUAUUUUAAAGUAACUAAAAAUUGUUAGAGGACAUUGUGAGAAAAAUAUCUUUAAUCUAUUUAUUUUUUUCAAUUAUUAUUACCGUAAUUAUAACACAGAUUUUUUUAAUAGUAAAUACAUUAUUAAUACUACGAAUUAUUUGUUCAAAAGUAGUAGUAAUAUUUUGUAAUUAUUUAUUAUACAGGGUAUAUAUUAAAUUUGCAUUCCUUCGGAAAUUAUGUGCCUUCGCAAAUGCUGGUCAUCAUCCCAUUUGGCAUAACCUUUUUAAUUAAUUUUAUAUAUGGAAAUUGGAUCUGUUUAAAAAACUGUAGCUAGCCAAUACAGAAUUUUUCGAAACCAGCAUUUAAAUAAUUUUUGAAAGAAUCAUAUUUUAUACGAUUUUAAAUCUUAUAACUGUAGUUACUAGACUUUUUAAGUUAUUUUGUGUGAUGUUUUAUUUUUAAAGAAAAUAUUUUUGUAUUAAUAUUUAUUAUCUUUAAGAAAUAUGUAUAUGUAUAUACCUACUGUUUAUU